CGCGGAGUUGUUUUUGUGUUCCCAGCUUUCAGGAAAAGCCGCUGGGAUCGCUUCACCUGGCCUUCCCCUACUUCUGCACCCGGCGUCCGGAGAUCCCCUGUCAAAGCUCGUUCCCGCGGCGUCGCGAGCGGCCCUGCCGUUCAGGGGGCGACCCCGAGACCCGUGGAGAUCGGCCGGAGGGAAGCGAGACGGGAGACGCUCAGGCAGCAGCGAGCAAGGCCGGCCCCGCGCGGGGAUCUCGGAAACUCUGCGGUCCAUCAUGAAGUUCCAGUACAAGGAGGACCAUCCCUUUGAGUAUCGGAAAAAGGAAGGAGAGAAGAUCCGAAAGAAGUAUCCGGAUAGGGUGCCGGUGAUCGUGGAAAAGGCCCCCAAAGCCAGGGUGCCUGACCUGGACAAGAGGAAGUACCUGGUGCCCUCUGACCUCACUGUUGGCCAGUUCUACUUCUUAAUCCGGAAGAGGAUCCACCUGAGGCCUGAGGACGCUUUAUUCUUCUUUGUCAACAACACUAUCCCUCCCACCAGCGCUACGAUGGGCCAGCUGUAUGAGGACAACCAUGAGGAAGACUAUUUUCUGUACGUGGCCUACAGUGAUGAGAGUGUCUAUGGGAAGUGAGUGGCAGAAACUCAGCAGAGGGAGCACCUGGACUCGGGGGUAGAGGGAGGGCUGUGUGUGGAACUUGGGGGAAGUGAGGGGGGGCUCCCACCAUGGAGGAGAAGCAGGGGACGACAUCUGGAAACACUUUACCACACACACCGUCACCAUAUUUCCACAUGCUAAUUGAUAUUUUUUGCUGCUUCCUCGGGCCAGGGGGAAAGCAUGUUAGGACAGAACAGUUGGAUUGGCUUUGCUGGAAGAAGGGGAUGAUGUAACUUCACAGCAUUGCUGCAAAUUAACUUCUGUGUCAUUUUCUAGAUGAGCCAGGAGGUGGGCGAGUUGGGGCCAGAGAUGAUUGUAGACCACCAGUCACUUCCUGCUCUCCCAUCUCUUCGGGCAGAGAUUCUAUUUUUGACAUUUGCACAAGUCAGAUAAGAAAAGGGGACGGGAAUGUUUUAGGGAGAGUGCUACUGGGCCAUUCUCGGGGACCAAAAGAGACUCACUGGAUUUAAAGCAUUUUGACGCCUUCUCCAUACCUCCUCCCCACCCCUGUUGUAACCUCACACCCACCCCUGCACUGUGCCAGGGGAAGCCACCGACAUCAGACACCACCUGAGAAGGGGCUCAAUGAACUGGAACACCAUGGCCAGGAGUGAGGGUUGUCACGAGGAAGGCGUGUAGAUAGCGUCCAACUGGAAUUCACUCAGUACUGAGCAUCUCUGUCUAACCUGCUGCUUCUCUCGUGUCCCUCAUCCCACCCUGACCUCUGGCUUUAAUGAGCCUUGGCCAUUUCCAAUUACACGCUAACCCCAUUCCUCCGACCUUUCCCUAACUGGCUCCUUGGGUAGGCACGGGACGUCUUACGGAAGGGGCAGGUGUGAGGUGACGCAGGGCAUCCUUGCUUUUUCCUGCCUCAGAAUUCCCUCUUCUGCCCUUCUGUCUCACGCAUGGAGAUGCUCACUGGUGGCCAGCUGCCUCCCUCCUUGGGUUUCCAUGUACUGCCGCUGCUAGUAGAAAAUUUUCACUGGGUGACUUUUAGUCAUUCACGGGGAUUCUGUGGAUUUGGAUUUAUUUUCACUCUUAAGGGUGGGUAGACGUGGGUGGGGCGGGAGCAGGAAUUACACUCGAUGUGACAUUUCAAUUCAUCUCUGCUCAUGAGGAGGGUCCUUCUUGUGGGGAAAAUCGGUGGGUCUGUUCUGUCAGCUGCAGGCUCUUGUAUAAUAAAGUUGUUGCUGUCAGGCCAAGGAAAUAAAGUAAUUGCAUACUUUCAAAACUCA